GCCCGGUUUGACGUAUACCAGUGAGAUAAUAAGAAUGGUAUAACUUUCCGGCAACCUCGGCGGCAAUGCCGAUCCUCCGAUCACUAUUUGUGCUGUUUCUGCUACAUCAAGCUGCUGUGGUCACUUCUCGGGGAUCAAAAGGCAGCGGUUCAUGGCAGACCUUGAGUGGAAAUGCACCUUUAGUUGUUGCAAGGGGUGGUUUCUCAGGGAUAUUUCCUGAUUCCAGUUAUGAGGCCUACAAUAUGGCACUGAUGACUAGUUUAGCAGAUGUGAUCUUAUGGUGCGAUGUACAAUUGACGAAGGAUGAAGCUGGGAUCUGCUUUCCAACCCUCAAUCUAGAGAACUCUUCUGACAUUUCAAGAGUUUUCAAAAAUACAAACGUCUAUCUUGUGAACGGGGUACCUGUGCGAGGAUCGUUUUCUGUAGAUUAUACUGUUAACCAGUUAUCCAAUGUCUUCUGUAAGUUAAGAUUUUGUUAACUAGUACUAGUCUUAACUGCUUGAAUAUUAUAGAUUCGUCCAUUAACCUAUAAAGAGUGUGAGAUAUUUCAGUCUUAAUAUGUCACAUAUGCUGUCUCGUCUUUUUCUUAAAUGUACCUUUAUUCUUAAAUGUUCUUCUUUAUCUUUUCUUUUCUUUUUUAUUUUUUGGUUUAGUUCAAUUAUUCUUUGAACUUAGACUGAUGGUUGGUUGCCAUAUUUAUUACUUAUUUUCAAAUUUAUUCUGAUGUGUGAAGCUAUUGUAAGUUUUUGAACUGCCAUUUAGGAGAAAGAAUCGAUUGUGAAAGUACAAUUUAGUUUCGAAGGCAUCUGUCUCAAUAAGGCAUUGAAGCCCAGAUGUUCGUCUACAACAACAACAACAAAUCAGCCUUUUCCCAACUAAAUUGGGUCAGCUACAUGGAUCCCCCCC